CAGGACCCGUACGACGACGCGCAAAAACAGAACAACAUCGAGAACACCACGGCUGCUGCUCCUGCGCAAGUUCGUAGUUCUCCCUCUGACGUCGCCGCGCCCCUGCGGUCAAUAUCGUUUCUGCCGCAAGGACGACUUCUCUCUCAACAAAAAGAUUUUUUCUACGUGGACACGGAAGUAGAUGAAACAAAAGCGUUCGUGGAAAAGUUGCCGGAAGAAGAGAUCAGUGAACUCGCUGCAGAGCUGCAGCAGUUGGGGCUGGUGGUUGCACGCGCGGAAGGAACAUCAAGUGCUGGAGAGCCCACACGAGAUGUUGCUGAACAAGCACAGGCUCAUCUUCAAGCGACUGAGGGACAACGUCUCGCCCACGUGGCAAAAGUGGCACUAGGGAAUAAAACUACUGCCGCAACCAACUUUGAAGAUGGCGCCGCCGGCGAACAGGAAAGAGAAAAAGCGAGGGUGAUUAUUAACCAACAGCAACAGGAACAGCAGGAACUACAAGCUCAAGCACAGGCACACCAGCAGCAGUCACAGUCUGAGGACGUCGAUCUUGACCCUCUCUUUGAGUCGCGGCGGAAAAACUUCAUUUCUUACAAAAGCACGAAAACGUCGCGCCGCUCAUCCCGGGACCACAGCGAAGCACGUAUGGACGAUUUAUGGCCUGAUGAUGGUUAUCCUGUGCAAAAGUAUCGUACUCGUAUUACUAAAUUGCAGUCAUCCAUUACAAAUCUCCAUCCUAAGGUAAAACAGCAUGACAAAUUCCAUUUGUCACGCUGAGGCAGUUUGUAAUGCAAUUACUACUAGUUACGAUGCUUUUGCUAUGCAUAAUGGUGAAGGUUCACCAGCAGCCUUCCAGUGGACACAGCAGCUAACCGGCAGUAGCACCAUAUGACACCCUCAGAAUGGAAAUCCUCAAAGUGGAAAUAAUUUGUGAUGCAUGAAAUGCGACACCAAAAAGACUGUAUUGCAGAGAACGCAAUGGAGGCCGACUAUUGUGCUUCUACGGGUUCAGAAUUGGGCUCCUGAUUAGCAUGAGAGGAGGGCACCCCUUUGCCUAACUAGCAUGACGGACACGUUUUGAGUGCCCGGGAAAUUUGUCAUGCGCCGACUAUAAAUGGUGCUCCAACUGGAGUCGUUUUUUUGCAUUACAAAUUAUUUUCACUUUGAGGAUUUCCAACCUGAGGCUUUCAUACACCACCGCCGGGGAUGGGCGGGGAGCCGGGAACCGUAGCCCAAGCGGAGGGGGGGAUAAUUAUCCUGCUGGCGGCGCGGGUGGAGGUUUAUUUCGGGGAAAUAAAAUGUGGAGUAGCGAGCAGCUGCAUCAGCAAGUCAUAGAAGAUGACGAGGAGGCAGAUGAAAACUAUGAUGAAGCAGACAGGGGGCAACAAGAUAAGCGCACUACUUCUGUAGGAGCACCAGAUUUCCUUCUCCAAGUGGCGCGCCAAACGAAGACAACCUUCAGUCCGAACAAACGCGCGUGGACCCCGAUCGUUCGCCUCGGAAUGUUGGUGCCGAGGACGACGAAGAACAAGAACACAGACCGCUGCUCCGGGGCUGCACCAGUCAACGCAGCAGGAGGUGGGGUAAUAUUAGCUGAUGCUGAGGGAACAAGAACUACACCACCAGCAGCAAAACCAAAAGCCGUAGACAAAAACUUUUCGUCUUUGUCCUCCCGCCGGUUCCAACCGGAGUACACUGGGAUGACGGCCGCCACGCUUCCUGUUUACACGAAGGAAACCGUGACAACCGAAAGACUACUCCUGGUUCCGCAGGAAAAGAUAAUUCCAGCACCGAAAUUAGUAGCGGAGCCAGAAGUUGGUGAUCAUGAUCGUCAAGAUCUUCGACAAGAAGCAGGCGACGCUCAGAACUUCGUCACGCCACCUUCCGCUGCUUCCCGUCCUGGCUCCGCCGGCGAUUGUUCCGCGGCAAGCUGCAGUUUCGUUGGCGAGAGUCAGGUGCGCAGCUCGACGGCUUGUUCAGGAGGACCAACAUGUUCUUCGCACAGCCAUGAUCUGCUUGUGCGGGGCACCAGUGCCGGAGCAACAGCUUCGGAUCAACAAGCGACUUCGUUAAUAUCAUCUUCAGCACACUGCUCUUCACCUCCAGGCACUGCCGGAACAACGACCUCUGCACUGUUGCAGGCACAACGGGGAGGACAAGCUCAAGCGCAUCACCCUGUUCAACUUGCAAACACUUUUUUGAGCAUGCUGGCGAGGAAGAAAAACAAAACGGCAUGCGCAUCGACUAGCAGCAGCGCCGACGCGACAGGAGCUGCUCAAGCUCCACCUGUCGGGACGAGUAGAGAGGGACUCAGCAUUUAUUCUCAGGAAGUAGACAAGGGCCAACAGGACGAAGAGGAACAGGACAGCCGUGGCAGUUUUGUUGCUUGCUCUCAAAUAAGGUGGGAUCAUAUGAGAGAUGGUGAUUUUCUUCUUGGCCAGGCCCAGGUGGAGACUUCCGCGCAACAGGCUACAGGUUUGAUGUUUGCGAAUUCAUCUGCGGGCAAGAAUCCGAUCAGCGCAGUGUCUACGGGUCUGUCGCUAAACAUGUUUCCGUCUGACCACACGGGUGCCGCUUCUUCGAGUAUGCAGAGAAAAAAAUGCUACAGUGACUACAACACAUCACAGAAGUCUUUCAUGCAUACAACGUCGAGCAAGUAGACAAGAAGACACACAACUUUUGCCAUGCCCGCAAUUAUGGGAUGCGACCCUCGUUUCUUCAUGCGUGAUGGGCAUUUAUUUCCCUUGCGGUUGAGAUCGAUGCAUCGUCGUCGUUCCAAGCAACCUGCAUCUUUUGCUGAAGUUAAUACCACAAGUGUCCGUGUAAGACCUGUAGCGCUUUUUUUUCUUGCAUACCUUGCGAUGCAGGAGCACCACAGGAAUUUCGCACGGUGAGUUCCAGUCUGUUUUCCUCCACCAGCCACCCCUGCGUCAGUUCGUUUAGCCAAUUGCAACAGGUGCAUGAGGGCAGCUGCAAAGGAGCUUCCAACAUCGGCGCACUGACCUCGCAACUGCUGAAGAACGCAAGUGGCGGCUUCAGCACGUCUAUCGGGAGUGUGCUCUCCCUGCCGAAGAAACUGGGCCCCCGCGGCGGGCCGUCGUGCGGUGGUGGGGAUGAGGACGAGAAAAAACUACAAACUUCUACUGCAGGCCCGGGUGGAAAUCCUGUAAACUAUGUGGGCGCAAGCUCGAGUACGGAUCUGCCCACGGUACAAAGUUAUUUGCCACUGCAGGAGCAGGACCAGCAGCAGACGGUUGGAAAGGAACACGUGCAGAAGUUGUCCACACGAGCGGAAGUAGAGGCGGAUAAUUGUGAAGACGACGAUGCUGUAGACCCAAAAGCGGAGUCGUUUGAAUCGGUGCUCAGCGCAGCGGAGGCGGAACAAGCAGGACAACUGCAGCAAAAACAACUUCAACAGCCAGCUGGACCUGAGGCCACUGCUGGACAAGCUGGUGCAGCCCGGGGCGGAGGAGGUGGCGCCGCACCAGCUAGCCAGACACACCUGGUCCGCCGGGGAACAAGUCGAGAGAACAAAGCCCAAGACGACCUGAGCCCUCUUCGAGCUUUGCUACAGAAGUGCGCGGCGCCGCCGUCUACUUUGGCACCAUCGGCAGCAGGAGUUGUACUAGGGCCGCUGCAAGCAUCAACUGCUUGUUCUGCGCCGACACAGCAGCUGCCAGUACAGCCCCCACCACGAGGACCCACGGGAACGAGCGGUAUGAUUCUGAUCAAACGCCGCAGCUCAAGCUCUACUACCGCUGUAAGGAAAAAACGCUGCACCGUUCCAGCCGAUGAAGCGGAAGCGCACUUUUCGAGAAUUUCGGACCCUCCGGACGAAAAUGUCAAAUCCUUCCUCGGCACCCCGGCGGCAAAGCGCCUCGCGGUGUUGUUGGACCACAAGGUUGUUGAGCAGGCUGGAACGACAAAUGUUGAUGCAGCAGCAUCUUCCGCUUCGCUAAGCACACGACGUGGUUCCAUCUCCGCGGCUCGUGACUCUUCAAAAAACGUGAUUCCGCAAAGAGUUGUUCUGCCAGCACAGACGGAAAUAGAGGUCGAACCAAAGACGAACGUCGGAGGCAGAACUAAUAGUAGUGAAAACUCUUCACGUCUUCGGCCCAGUAAGCCCGGCACCGUACAGGUCCGGUUCCUGGUGUUCGAGCAAACGAUCAUAGUCGACGACCCAAUCGCGCGCGGCAACAUACAAAGUUUCGACUUCGACCCGGACAAAAAGCAAGACUUCAGCCGGUUCCGGCUCUACCCACUCAGCGUGCACGUCCCCGUUGCGGAGGGCGCGGGCGAAGAUCAUGUGGAAGUUGUCGAAGAAGUCUGCGAUGAGCAGGAAGCACUGCGUCGAGAUGUUUAGAAAGUCAAAGGCAGAAGACGAGGGAAGUGUUGUUGACCACGACGACUUGAGUUCGUGGUGGAACAUAAAUAAUCUUCCCACGAAGUUGUGUGCAGUUCUCUACCAACAUCGACGGUUCCGUUGAUGUGCUUCCAGCUAGAUUACACCAUCCGCACGUCACCCCCAAGUGCAGGAUAAAUGAUGAUGAUCAUGAUGAUGAUAGUAACCUCCGACUUAAUAUUCUAGCUCCACGGAGUCGGGGGAGAAGAUUUUUACAAAAGGAUCAAACUCACGUCGCUAAGUUUGUUUUUUUAAUUGGAAUUUGUUUUUUUCAGGAUCGAUGUUGAGGUCCUCGCGGUGCUCCAAAAAUACCAAACGAAUCACAACAAUCACGAUGGCUUUAUGUAAAGUCCAUAUAAUUUUCUCCGUUUGCAGCGAACCCUCCGUAUUUGUAUCGACGCGCCCUCGAAUUGAGGCACGUCUUCUUCGGUGGGAUAGGAACUAUUUAAGUUUUCCGUCUUACCAAAGAAUAAAAAUUCUAAUGAGUGCAGAGGCAUUUUUGUGCUCUGCGUUUCCGCCUGGAUAACCAGGUAGGGCUUAUUUCGUAAGUCUACGC